CGGUAUAUAAGUCUAACUGCUAUUGCUAUUCACUGCUUUAUGGAGUUGUCUGGAGUUUUGUUAGAAAACUGAGGCUGGUGGUCAAAUUGUGUUCUCAUUCCGUUGACAAAUUUAAUAUAAGCAUUUUUUCCAUGUUCUGAUUAAGGUAACUGGUGUUUUGGGGGAAUUUUUCCUUGAAAACAUUUUGCUUCCCAAGCAAGAAGCUUCUUUGGUUUUGGAUGAAUGUUGGGGAAAACAAGGAUUUCUAUCGCUGAGAAAGUUGUAUGUUUUUACUAUCCUGCUCCCUGAAGCCAUCUGGAAAUCUUCUUCAGUUUUACUACAGGCAAAUAUUAUCUCAUAUAAAGUGACAUUACGGAGAAGGGCCAGAAUUUGCCUUCUUGAUGUUAAAGACAUUAACUUUUCCUCACUUGUUUGUUUUCAGGUAACUUAGCGGUGGCAUCACUUCCAGCAAGAAUGGCCAAUAGAACCGUAGUUCUCAUCCCUUCUAAUGGAGCAAACAUAAUCCAAACGUCUCCUGGAUUGCCCAAUGUUGCUCUUCUGGCAUCUGGAGCAACUCCAUAUCCCCAGUAUGGAACUCAGCAACUUGGAAUUCCCACCAGUGCUCCUCAACAAGUCCCACAAAAGAGUCCUUUGGAGAGAUUCCUCAAGGCUGAGCCAAAAGUGCUUGGGGCUAUCCAAAUCAUGAUUGGGCUGCUCCACAUUGGCUUUGGGGCUGCCUCGCAUCGGCUAUUUUCUUUUUACUAUCUUACCUUGCCUGCAAUUGGAGGUUACCCCUUUUGGGGAGGGAUAUUUUUCAUUUCUAGUGGAUCACUAUGUGUAGCAGCUGUGCACCAUCCAAGUCCUGAUUUGGUGAAAUCCAGUGUAGGACUGAACAUCACAAGUGCUAUAAUGGCAUUAAUUGGUAUCAUGAUCUGUAUGUCCGAGUUGAUAAUCAGCACUAUUCCUGUAUAUAAUGCUACAUUUAUAAUCGGUGAAAAGUUUGACUCCUGCAACGAUCUUUGCAGAUGUACAAAAUGUACAUUUGUACAGUUUUAG